AUGUCCUCCUCCUACAAAGCCACCGAACGGCUGCCUGUCACUCCUACACCGAGUCAAUAUCGGACAGGCAGACCGGCCACGAAGAGAAUUGCUCUUGCCGAAACACAACCCAGAGUGUCCCCGACUCCGGGUGUAACUUUCAGGCGGUAUGCCGAUCAUCACCCUGGAUCCUCACCACGCCUCCCUCAUCAUGAAUCUCUCAAACCCGACGGUAAUCUGUCCGUCCGACAGAAAGGGGCGGGGAAAAAUCCAGCCAUCGAAAACAAGCGGCUAUCAACCAUCGCAGACGAGGCUGCCGCAGAAACCAAACGGGUCUCACAAGUCUCCACGGCGUCUGCAGCCUCGGCAAUCGUCAAAGGAAAGAGAGAGAGGAAGACCCAUGUCGGACCAUGGCAGCUGGGAAAGACUCUGGGCAAGGGGGCCACAGGAAGAGUUCGCCUGGCGAAACACGCCAUGACUGGUCAGGUUGCGGCUGUCAAGAUCGUCUCAAAGAAGUCAGCUGCUUUGGUGCAGUCGGCGAGUAUGGCGCGUAUGGACAAUGAAGAUUCCUCUGCGAUGAUCGCCGCUGGUCCUAGAACCAUGCCGUUCGGUAUAGAGCGCGAGGUCGUCAUCAUGAAACUGAUCGAACACCCCAACAUAAUCAAUCUCUAUGACAUCUGGGAGAACCGAGGUGAGCUCUACCUCGUGCUGGAGUAUGUUUCAGGAGGCGAGCUAUUCGAUUACGUCUCCAGUAACGGCGCUCUCCCCGAGGAAGAGGCUGCCAGACUCUAUCGUCAGAUCAUCGCAGGCUUAUCGUAUUGCCACAGCUUUAACAUUUGCCACCGAGAUCUCAAGCCUGAGAACAUUCUCCUCGACGCCCAGCGAAACAUUAAACUGGCGGAUUUUGGCAUGGCGGCCCUCCAACCCGACGGCACCUGGCUAAACACCUCGUGCGGGAGUCCACACUACGCUGCACCGGAGAUCAUCCAAGGAGAACGGUACCGCGGCGAUAAAGCCGACAUCUGGAGCACCGGAAUCAUCCUCUUCGCCAUGCUCAAUGGCUUCCUGCCAUUCGACGGCGGAACGUUGCCCAACACAUUGCGUCUCGUCAAGAAAGGAGAAUAUUAUCUGCCUCCGAGUCUGAGCAUUGAAGCAGCUGACUUGAUUCAACGAAUAUUGCAAAAGCGGCCCGAGAAGAGAAUCUCUAUGGAGCAGAUCUGGUCUCACCCACUCCUGUGUAAAUACGAAAAGUACCAUGCCAGCCUCGUCGCUCCCGAGCCCCUGGUCUCGGCCGCGCGGCCGGUGAUCGUCGGAAAGCAAGUGAGACGUAUCAGCAGACGGGCUGAUAUCGACCCCGAGAUUCUGAGAAACCUGGCCACCCUUUGGCACGGAGAGAAGGUGGAGGAGUUGGUCAAGAGACUCAUGAGCGAGGAGCCUAGCCACGAAAAGCUCUUCUACUGGGCGUUGAUGAAGUUCAGAGAAGAUCAGCUUGAGAACUAUCCGGGCGACCCCCUUCAUUACUCGGCAAGUGAUUACCAUCAUGUAUCCAGACCCGCCCCGAAGCCGCACAAGCGUGCUGCUAAUGGUCGGGGCCAUGCUCGUCGUGCCUCUCAAUUUUCGAUUGUGAGUGAUGACAACAAUCAGCGAGAGGGCUAUUACAAGAACCCGGCCACUGCGACCAGCAAGGCGACCCAGAGUAGUUACGAUCCUUAUCGCGCUUCGAGAACACCAAUCACCGAGAAUAGCCAAACCCCUGCGACGGUCGUUGUUCGCCGUGGUGCCACUACGCCUGAGACCCGGUCGGUGAGCUCCGCUUCGAGUGCACGGCAUAGAGCUUUCCAGCACCUUCAAGAUGAGGUUCCUGCUCUGCCCAGUUUCACCUCCGAGGAACUAGAGAAGCUGAUCCAGAAGAAGCGUGCGUCGUACUCGACUGCAACGUCCAGAAGCUCUCUGUCGAGUGCCAGACACCAUUCCCGGAUCAAGAAAUCGAGGAGCUACAAGAGGCAAGUGAGUUUUUCUCGCCGACGACCAGACCAUGCCGGAGGUGGAAGACCAUAUCCACGGGGGUUGGUUUAUGAGAGUGGCCUGUCCGAUCGACCACAAACGUGCAGUACGACCAUCCCGUGGUCGGAAGUUCAGAGCACACCAAGCCUACCCACACCUCCACACGAGUACCGUCGUCCUCGCAAAUCCAGCUCCGAGGUCGACGUGAAGAAGCCUCGGGUGGCAAGCUACUAUUGGAAAGACGAGACACGAAAGGUCAGUGCGGAGUUGGGCAAGAUCUGCGAAGAAGCGUUCAAUCGAUCGUCCGUGUCUAGUGUAAGCGAGGUCAGCCCGCACGCGCCUUUGGACUCCUCAUCAACAUCGUGUUCGGCACACAACCACAAGGUACCCGACAGCAUUCGGGAUCGGCCUCUCCCAGCAACUCCGGUGCUCCAGGAGUUGAUCGUGCGCCGUCAGAAAAUCAUCGACACUUGGGGAGAUGCCGAUCCCACCGUGCUUGCUGAUAUGCUUGCGGCUGUCGACAAGCGCAUCGACAGCGAGUUGGAGAAGCAGAGAAGCUACGAGAAGCGCGCGGCUUCUGACCCGACCCAUACCAGUGUAACCGGUAGGUACUACCGCUCCGUGUCACCGGCAGAUACCAUGGAAAACUUGAAGCGCAAUCGCGGUGAGAGCUCUAGGGCAGCAUCAGAUCCUGUCAGAGGGCGGACCCGGAACGAAAACACGAUUCGACUGGUCACUCCCGAUCCAACGUCGCCCUUGGCGCGCAUUGAGCCUCUGAAAGUUCGCAAGAACAAGGCGAUGCCGAUCAAUUCCUUACGAGGUGGCCCCGUCCCCAUGGAGACUCUACAAGCUCGUGGUGGAUAUGAUCCGCGGGGCUUCGCCAAAGCCGAGUUGGACACGAUUGAUGAGAAUCCCGUGUCACCGAAGAAAGUUGCUACCCGCAAGUGGUCAUGGCUGUCAAAACGUACGUCGGGUGCACAGGAACUGCUGGAGUCAGCACCUUAUGCUGAAGACAUGGCGGAGGAGGCAGAUCCACAAGAGGCUCAAACCAUACAGCCCAGCGAGUCUGCCACUUCGUCCACUCUUGAGAGACCGAAAGGCAGUGAGACUGGGUCGGUGGAUGUCGAGUUGAACAUGGAAAAGAAGAGAAAAUGGUUCCAAAAGAUGUUCGGAAAAUCGUCGAAGGUGAGGGACGAUCUUCCGGUGUCUGGAGUCGAGCAUCAUAUCGUGCGAGACCUCUCAGGCGAGACACAUCCAAACGACCCGAGCCACGAAGGAGGAAUAGAUACUUGUUCGGAAUACAAACUGGGCGCACGCACAGCUUACCCUCCGGCAACGAGCGUCGAUGCUGCGGCGGCAGCGGCAGCUCUUGGUCCUAUUGAGAUCAACCAGAAUUGGUUCGCUAAAUUCUUCCAUAUCAAACCUGCGGCUCGGGUUGUCUGCCUUCAGAUCAACAAGGGAAAGGCCCGGAGAGAGUUGGUCAAGAUCUUGAAAGACUGGCGCAAGUAUGGGUUGAGAGAUGUCGUGGCCGAACAGCGAGGAGGGGCAGAUGUCGUCCGAGGACGCGUCGAUGCUUGUAAUUAUCUGCAGCUCAAACCUGUCCAUUUCCAUGCAUAUUUGUAUUCCGUCCUCGAGCACGGUCGCAAGGCCAAUUUGAGCAUUAUGAAGUUCACCCAGGAGAAGGGGGCAGCCAGUAGUUUCUACAAGGUGGUCGACACGCUGGAGGCGGUUUUGAAGGAGAGGAAUCUGCUGGUGCUGGAUGCGCAGAAAAAGAAAGGCAUUGAGCGCAGUCUCAAGGCUGCAGGCUUGUGA